CUCCGUGUUGUUGUUCUCGGUGACGCGACGGAGGUGUAGCCUGACGCGGUCUCUUACGUGUCGGUCUGAAUAAAAGUGGAGCUCCGUGGACCCGGGAGUGACGAAGCGAGUCUGUGUCGGCUAAAUAGAUGACGAUGGAAGCGGGUGCCGAAGCACAGCAAGGAGGUGAAACGGCAAUUUCUGAGUCAGAUGCCCAGCAGAUUGCCACCCUGGCACAGGUACACUCAUACAUACCGGUUUCCAUGGCUACAGGACAGGUGUCUUCCAGUGGAUCCACUGUGACCCUGGUGCAGCUCCCCAAUGGCCAGACAGUGCAGGUGCAUGGAGUCAUCCAGGCCGCCCAGCCCUCUGUCAUCCAGUCCCCACAGGUGCAGACUGUUCAGAUAUCUACUGUGGCUGAGAGCGAGGACUCUCAGGAGUCAGUGGACAGUGUAACAGACUGUCAGAAGAGAAGAGAGAUUCUGUCUAGACGCCCCUCUUACAGAAAAAUCCUGAACGACCUCUCGUCAGACGCACCUGCAGUCCCACGGAUUGAGGAGGAGAAGUCUGAGGACGACUCGGCCCCUGCCAUCACCACCGUCACCAUGCCCACUCCCAUCUACCAGACCAGCAGUGGCCAGUACAUUGCCAUCACACAGGGGGGGGCCAUCCAGCUGGCUAAUAACGGCACAGACGGGGUGCAGGGGCUCCAGACCCUGACCAUGACCAACGCUGCGUCCCAGCAAGGCACCACCAUCCUGCAGUACGCCCAGACCAGCGACGGCCAGCAGAUUCUAGUGCCCAGUAACCAAGUGGUAGUGCAAGCUGCCUCUGGUGAUGUCCAGGCCUACCAGAUCCGCACAGCCCCCACCAGCACCAUAGCUCCGGGGGUAGUCAUGGCCUCCUCUCCCUCCCUGCCCUCUCAGGGAGGCACCGAGGAGGUCACCCGCAAGAGGGAGGUGCGACUCAUGAAAAACAGGGAGGCGGCUCGGGAGUGUCGCAGGAAGAAGAAGGAAUACGUCAAGUGUCUGGAGAACCGCGUGGCCGUGUUGGAAAACCAAAACAAAACCCUUAUCGAGGAGCUGAAAGCACUCAAAGACUUGUACUGCCACAAAUCUGAGUAGAGGCCCUCGGCUCAGGAACCUGGGCCCUGAAGAGGGGGGUCUGUCCCCAUGUACAGAGACUCAGCACUGACAGAGCCAUGCAUCUGGACAUCACUCCUCAUUUUCUAUCUCCGUUUGAUUUUUAAACCGCCAAGUAUCCCUCAAGAGACACAAGUCAGGCAUAGGAAAGACAUGACAUGCCUAUACCCCCCCCCCCCCCCCCCCGCCUUCUAUGAUUUUAUCGUGGGAUUUGAAACCCGGAAUAAAGGAAUAGCGUCAUGAGUCCUUCUACAGGACGAAGAGUACUUUUCCUCUAAAGAGUUCACCUAACAGGAUUGGUUUCCCCUGUGGAGAGAGGUGUUGCGGGGGCAUUCACGUAUGCAGCGGCGCAUGGAUUUCACGAUUAGAGACGGCAUCACAUCUUCCAUAUGGGGUCUGCUGAUCGUACCCCAGCAUCACUAAAAAGUAUAUACCCCCCCCAUGCGAAAAUCUGCCUUGCUGCCCCUCGACUCGUCCCCCAAGCCCAAAUUUCAUUGACAAUGUAUUGCCCCAGGCAGCGGCCCCUCCAUAUGUGAACGCCCCAUUAGGUGGUGUACUGAGCCCGUCACUGGUGUGUAGACCCCAACACUCACAGCCUUUGGCACCAGGAAAAACUGCAACAUCACCAGCUGUGGAUGACUCCACUGCCAAUCCUUAAAUCACUACCAUCUCAUGGGAAAUCUUUUAGUUCUGGCCUACCAAUGAGUCAAACGAUUUGGCAUGGUUUUCAUUAUCGCCGAGGGCAACACUAGUACAUGUGCCGCGCUGAUUGCUUUAAAGCUUUCGUUACCUUUACUAAUACUUAUGUGAACUGUAGAUCAACCAUGUCAUGGAGCGUAUUCUCUUUUAUUUGAGCUAGACUUGGUUUAUCAUGUAUUGGAUUUCUGCUCGCAAAAUAUUGUUCUGCCUCUUUUUAAAUACCAGCUUUCAUAGAUACAAAAAGAACUGUUUGGUAGGAAGUGGGGAUAAAUAUGGGUUAUCGUGAUAAAAAAAAACAAAAAAAACAUCAUCUCUAGAACAACUAACAAGGAUGUUGAUAGUGUGUGUACUUACCAAUCAGCACAGACAGCCCACCUGAACGCCUGAACAAUGGACAAUUCGACUGGAGGCACAAUGGGCGUUGUGUAUCGAGCUUUGGAUCUGAGUGGCAUUAAGUGUUGUUUGCAUCUUCACGGUUUGAACACGUACAAUCCUACUUCAUUUUACCUGUGGGGUACACUCGUACCUCCAAAUCCUUCUGACGGGACAAGUGAAGCAUUAGGACGCAGUAAAGGGACAAGCUGACCUGUGUCAUGGCCCACUGCAUGGUCUGCCUAUCGACUGAAGAAUCCAGUCAACUGAUGUGGAAUUAAACCAGUCUUCUGUUUGAUUUUGUUAAAUGAAAUGCCAUACUGUAUUAUUCUUUUGUAAUAUAUAUAUAUAUAGCCAUCUGUCAUAUUGUAUCUUUUUUUUUCUUUUUCUUUUACACUUAUUGCCAUUCAUAUUUUGUAUUCUUAACGUCAGCAUCACUUGUAUGAGAAGCAAAACUAUUAUAUUAUAGCUAUUUCUUCAAUUAUUACAUUUUGGCAGCUGUUAAUAAAUGUGUUUCUGGUAA